AUGAAAUCCGAUGAGGAAGUCACUGACGAUGAGCUUUCUAGUGGCUUGCUGGCACAUACUAAUGAAAGAACAUUCGACCCACAUGGAAAUUUAAUACAAACAACAGGCUGGUGCAACGACAAAGAUUUCAGUGUUCUCAAAGACCUGAAGCGCAGCUCGUUUCCAGAUGGCAAUACAAAAGCUAGUAACAAAUUGCAUGAAACACAUCAACUUGAGAAGUCUGUUAGUUCAAACACCUGUGAUAAGGAGUCUAAUGAGGAAUUAAUAAAUGUAAUUGGCAGACGUGAGCAUGAGCACCAGGUCUCUUGCGAACCCUUACAACAGCCGGUUAUUGGCCGACUGAAUGAUGAAAAUCCCCAUUUAAAUGUUACCCACCAGCAGAGUCAACAGUCAGCACUUUUCUCUCCACCACAUGCUCAGUAUACCAAUUCAAACUUACGCUGUGCUGAAGGUGUGUGGCCACAGCUUUCUUCAAAGGGACAUAGUAGGAGGAUUUCCUCCCAGCGACAGAUUUACCUACUGGGUCCCUCACCAAAACAUUUGUACUAUCCUAUACGUUUGGCAUCGGAUAUAGGCUCCAACGAGGAAAGCAUCAAUACGGAGGCCGAAAUAUGCCACGCCCUGGAAGCAGGCUUGGUGGAUGGCUCAGUUGGCUCCCUCGAUAAUGAAUCAAAAUGGGAAGAAUAUAAA